GGAUUAGGUUCAGCCAUGGACCGGAAGGUGGCCCGGGAAUUCCGACACAAGGUGGAUUUUCUAAUUGAAAAUGAUGCAGAGAAGGACUAUCUUUAUGAUGUGCUGCGCAUGUACCACCAGACCAUGGAUGUGGCUGUGCUUGUGGGAGACCUGAAGCUGGUCAUAAAUGAGCCCAGCCGUCUGCCCCUGUUUGAUGCCAUCCGGCCCCUGAUCCCACUGAAGCACCAGGUGGAGUAUGACCAGCUGACACCCCACCGCUCCAGGAAGCUGAAGGAGGUACGUCUGGACCGUCUGCACCCAGAAGGCCUCGGCCUCAGCGUGCGUGGAGGCCUGGAAUUUGGCUGUGGACUCUUCAUCUCCCACCUCAUCAAAGGUGGUCAGGCAGACAGUGUUGGGCUGCAGGUAGGGGACGAGAUUGUCCGGAUCAAUGGUUAUUCCAUCUCCUCCUGUACCCACGAGGAAGUCAUCAACCUGAUCCGCACCAAGAAGACAGUGUCCAUCAAAGUGAGACACAUCGGCCUGAUCCCUGUGAAGAGCUCUCCUGAGGAGCCCCUCAAGUGGCAGUAUGUGGACCAAUUUGUGUCAGAGUCUGGGGGUGUGCGAGGUGGCUUGGGCUCUCCUGGCAGUCGAACAACCAAGGAGAAGAAGGUGUUCAUCAGUCUAGUGGGCUCCCGGGGCCUGGGUUGCAGCAUCUCCAGUGGCCCCAUCCAGAAGCCUGGCAUCUUCAUCAGCCAUGUGAAGCCUGGCUCCCUGUCUGCAGAGGUGGGGUUAGAGACAGGAGACCAGAUUGUGGAAGUCAAUGGCAUCGACUUCUCCAACCUGGACCACAAGGAGGCCGUGAAUGUCCUCAAGAGUAGCCGCAGCCUGACCAUCUCCAUCGUAGCUGGAGCUGGCCGGGAGCUGUUCCUGACAGACCGGGAGCGGCUGGAGGAGGUACGCCAGCGAGAGUUACAACGGCAGGAACUCCUCAUGCAGAAGCGGCUGGCAAUGGAGUCCAACAAGAUCCUCCAGGAGCAGCAGGAGAUGGAGCGCCAGAGGAGAAAGGAAAUCGCCCAGAAGGCCGCUGAGGAGAACGAGAGAUACCGGAAAGAGAUGGAGGAGAUUGUGGAGGAAGAAGAGAAGUUUAAGAAGCAGUGGGAAGAAGACUGGGGCUCGAAGGAACAGCUCAUCCUGCCGAAAACCAUCACUGCAGAGGUGCACCCGGUACCCCUUCGCAAGCCCAAGUCCUUUGGGUGGUUCUACCGUUAUGAUGGCAAAUUCCCGACCAUCCGGAAGAAAGGGAAAGAGAAGAAGAAAGCCAAGUAUGACAGCCUGCAGGACUUGAGGAAAAACAAGAAGGAGCUGGAGUUUGAGCAAAAGCUCUACAAAGAGAAGGAAGAGAUGCUGGAGAAGGAGAAACAGCUGAAGAUCAACCGGCUGGCCCAGGAGGUGUCUGAGACUGAGCGGGAGGACCUUGAGGAAUCGGAGAAGACUCAGUAUUGGGUGGAGAGGCUCUGUCAGACCCGCCUCCAGCAGAUCUCCUCUGCUGAGAAUGAGAUUGCUGAGAUGACCACAGGCCCCCCACCUCCCCCACCUUCUGUGUCUCCUCUGGCCCCACCCUUGAGACGCUUCGCCGGUGGGCUCCACCUCCACACCACUGACUUGGAUGACAUCCCUCUGGACAUGUUCUACUAUCCUCCCAAGACUCCCUCGGCCUUGCCUGUGAUGCCCCACCCUCCACCCAUCAACCCACCUUCCAAGGUCCCUGCCCCACCUGUGCUUCCCUCAUCAGGUCACAUGAGCGCCUCAUCCUCUCCUUGGGUGCAGCGCACUCCACCCCCGAUUCCCAUUCCUCCCCCUCCAUCCAUUCCCACUCAAGACCUCACUCCUGCUCGCCCACUGCCCUCAGCACUGGAGGAGGCCUUGGGCAACCACCCCUUCCGCACUGGGGACCCAGGCCAUCCAGCUGAUGACUGGGAGGCAAACACCCACAGUGGGAAGCCCACCAGCUCCCCCAGCCCCGAGCAGAGCUUCUCACCCACCCCAAAGACAUUUUGCCCAAGCCCACAGCCUCCACGAGGCCCUGGCGUGUCUACCAUCUCCAAGCCUGUCAUGGUUCACCAGGAACCCAACUUCAUCUACAGGCCAGCUGUGAAAUCCGAGGUCCUGCCGCAGGAGAUGCUGAAGAGGAUGGUGGUGUAUCAGACAGCAUUCAGACAAGAUUUCAGAAAAUAUGAAGAAGGCUUUGACCCCUACUCCAUGUUCUCGCCAGAGCAGAUUGCGGGGAAGGACGUCCGGCUUCUUCGCAUCAAGAAGGAGGGGUCUUUAGACUUGGCCUUGGAGGGUGGAGUGGACUCCCCCGUGGGGAAGGUGGUCGUCUCUGCUGUUUACGAAGGGGGAGCUGCUGAACGGCAUGGUGGCGUUGUGAAAGGAGACGAGAUCAUGGCCAUCAAUGGCAAGAUUGUGACAGACUAUACCCUGGCUGAGGCUGAGGCUGCCCUGCAGAAGGCCUGGAAUCAGGGCGGGGACUGGAUAGACCUUGUGGUUGCUGUUUGUCCCCCCAAGGAAUACGACGAUGAGCUCCGGAAGCCCCCCGCCGGUCCGAAAGCAGCUUGAAGCCCAUGAGCCCGUGUGUAGACACGGGUUCUUCCUGCAGCUGGAGCCCACG